UGAGGCUAUAUUUAAGACAUCUCUAGUGUGCCCGGAACAAAUUCUUCUGCUCCCAACUGUUGUACUGAACUGCGGACAAGAAGAGAAGACGCGGAGACCUCCCUCCCUCUCUUUCCUAAACCUCAUCGAUUCUGAGGCUUCCGUCUCAGAGAGAAUUGCCUGAGGGGAACGUCCAGGGUUCCAGUCCCAGCUCGACAACCAACUCAAGGUGAGAAGGGGACAUGGAGAUCCACAGGCUAGAACACAGGAGCCAGGAAGAACAACGAGAGGAGAGGCAGCGGAGUCUGCAUAUGUCCUCUGCCACCAAGAGGAGAACCUUCCGGACCAGUGAGGAAGAGGAACAGUUUAGCUCCCUGGAUUAUUCCCUGGCAGCUGCCCUGGCCCUAACUGCUACAGAGACAUCCUGGGAAGCCAAAUUGAGGAGUGAAGCCUCUGCCCUGGAAGUGGAAAAACGUGGUGAGAAGCGGGUGGGCUUCGGUAACGACUGGGAGAAAAUCGAGAUCGAUAUCCUGAAUGUCUGCCACUUGCUGAGAGAGAGAGUGGACCGGAAAGCCCUAUGGCGGCGGACAGAGGAGAAGAUCCGGGAGGCCAAAGAGUUCCGGGAGUUAUGUUCCAGUCGAGGUCCCUACUUCUGGAUCCCUCUCCGCUCCCACACAGUCUGGGAAAAUGAAUCUGUCCUGUUGACCUGCACCGUGUAUGCCUCCCCUCCACCUCAGGUCACCUGGUACAAAAAUGAUAUGAGGAUUGAUCCUCACCUCUUUCCUGCUGGGAAGUACAGAAUGAAGAAUCAGUUUGGACUGUACACCUUGGAGAUCAGGAGGUGCACUGUGGAGGAUUCAGCCACCUACACAGUCAUGGUGAAGAAUGCCUAUGGCCAAGCCUCCUCCUUUGCCAAAGUUCUUGUGCGGAAAUACCUGGGGAAAGAGGCCGGCUUCGAUUCGGAGAUAUUCAAAAGACUGCUGCUUGGCCCAGAUGUUGAGUUUGAAUCGGUGCUACAGCCUGUUUUUGCCAGGGAGAAGGAGCCCUUCAACUUGGCUUGUACUUUUAAGCAGGAUGUGCCUGAUGGCCAGAGAAGCAUCCAGUGGUUCAGAGAUGGGAUGCUGCUACAGGAAUCCAAGAGGCGACAGCUCCAGUACUUGGACCGGCAGGCCUCUGUGAAAGUGUUCUGUGCUUAUAAAGAGGAUGAGGGACUGUACACAAUCCAAGUGCCCUCUCCCUUUGGCUCCAAGGAGCAGAGUGCCUAUGUAUUUGUGAGAGAUGCCCCUGCAGAAAAAGCUGGGGCUCCAGGCUCCCCACUGAAUGUGCAAUGCCAUGAUGUGAAUAGAGACUGUCUGAUUCUGACCUGGGCCCCACCCAGUGACACCCGGGGCAGCCCAAUCAUUGGCUAUACCAUUGAAAGGUGCCAGGGAGAUUCUGGAGUAUGGGAGACCUGCCAUGAGGCCCCUGGAGGAACCUGCCGGUGUCCUAUUCGAGGACUUGUGGAGGGCCAGAGCUACCGCUUCCGGGUGAGAGCGGUCAACAGAGCAGGCACCAGCCUCCCUUCCAAGGCCACAGAGUUGGUCACCAUGCAAGACCCCAGGGAAGCUGAGAGGAAGACAGUGAUCCCUUUUGAUCUCGGAAGGAACAUCGCAGUCAGCAAAGCUGAUAGUGAAGAUUCUGUGAUCAUCCCUUCACCUCCAACCAAUGUCCGAGCCAGUGAGACACGGCAGGCUUAUGUCCUCCUGUCCUGGGAUGAGCCAUCCCCCCGAGGCAAAGAAGACCUGACCUACCUCCUGGAGAAGUCGGUUGUAGGCAGCGAUGCUUGGGAAGCAGUAAGCUCGGAGACCCCAGUGAAGUCCCCGAGAUUUGCACUCCUGGACCUGGAGAAGGGGAAAGCAUAUCGUUUCCGAGUACGAGCAGCAAACCAAUAUGGCCUGAGUGAUCCUUCGAAGCCCAGUGAACCGAUCACCCUUGGGGAUCCACCAGCGACUCUUCCUCCUCCGGCUCAAGUCCAAGUUUUCAGAGACACAAAAACCUCUGUCUCCCUAAGUUGGGACCAUGUGACGGGUGACUCUGAGCUCCUGGGCUACUAUAUAUACUCUAGAGAAGUGGGCACUUCUGACUGGCAAACUGUUAACAACAAACCCAUCAAGAGUAACAAAUUUGCAGUCCCUGGACUAAAAACAGGGAAGGAAUACAUGUUCUGUGUCCGGUCGGUCAGUGAAGCUGGAGUGGGAGAAAGUUCAGCAGAAUCUGCCCCUGUCACAGUCAAACAGGCCAUCGCCACCCCUUCUGCCCCCUAUGGUUUUGCCCUCCUGGCCUGUGGGAAGAAUGACAUGGUUAUUGGAUGGAAGCCCCCAAAACGCCGAGGAGGAGGCAAGAUCCUGGGCUACUUCCUAGACCAGCAUGAUGAAUCAGAGCCCAAAUGGCAGUCGGUCAACCAGCAACCAGUGCCUACCCGAGUCUACAAGAUCACUGACCUCCAGGAGGGACAUUUUUAUGAGUUCCGAGCAAGGGCAGUCAACUGGGCAGGUGUGGGUGAGCUCUCAGAGCCCAGUGACCUGUUUGAGUGUAAGGAAUGGACCAUGGCCCAGCCAGGACCCCCAUAUGAUGUGAGGGCUUCUGAGGUGAGGGCCAGUUCCCUGAUGCUGUACUGGGAAGCCCCCCUGUACCAGGGAGCAGGGCUCAUCACCGGCUAUCGGGUCAGUGUCCAAGAAGAAGGCUCAGAGACAUGGAAGCCACUUGUCUCCGAUCUCGUCUCAGCCACCCACCUGAGAGUUUCAGAUUUGGAACCAGGAAAAUGUUACAGGUUUCAGGUACAGGCUGUGAAUUCAGCUGGGAUAGGGCAGCCAUCUUUGCCCUCUGACUCUGUACUCAUGGAAGAUAAACCAGAUGCCAGGGAAAUCAAAGUUGGUGUGGAUGAAGAAGGUUCUGUCUUCAUGGCUUUUGAGGCCCCUGAGGCUCCAGACUCCUCUGAGUUUGAGUGGGCAAAGGAUUAUGCUGGUCCUCCAGACCCCCAGAGAAUCACAGUGAAAGAUGACGUCUGCAGAUCUAAGCUUAUCCUGAAAGAACCAAGCAAAGAGGACCUGGGAAUCUAUUCAGUGACGGUCACAGAUGCAGAUGAAGACAUUUCAGCAAGCCAUACUCUGACUGAAGAAGAACUGGACAAACUGAAGAAACUGAGCCAUGAGAUCAAAAACCCAGUAAUUAAGCUGAUAUCUGGCUGGAACAUUGAUAUUCUUGACCAUGGUGAGGUUCGUCUGUGGCUGGAGGUUGAAAAAUUAUCUCCUGCAGCUGAGCUGCAUUUAAUCUUCAAUGACAAAGAGCUCAUCAGUUCUCCAACACACAAAAUCAAUUUUGACAGAGAAAAGGGACUUGUGGAACUGAUUAUUCAAAACUUCUCUGAUGAAGACAUGGGAACAUACACAGCUCAGCUCCAGGAUGGAAAAGCUAAGAACCAGAUCACCCUGGCCCUAGUUGAUGAUAGUUUUGACAAACUUCUGAGGGCCUCAGCUGCUAAAAGGAGAGAUUGGAAGAGAAAACAGGGUCCCCAUUUCGUGGAGCCUUUACAGUGGAAGGUCACUGAAGAAUGUGAAGUGCAUCUGACUUGCAAGGUAACAAACACCAAGAAGGAGUCCCGAUUUCAAUGGUUCUUCCAGAAGAAGGAGAAUCCAAAGGGCCAAUAUGAUGCCCAGACAGGAGAUGGCCUUCUAGUGAUUUCAGAGAUGUCCAAAAAAGACGAGGGCACAUACAAGGCUGUGAUUUCGGACGACAGAGGGGAAGACGACACCGUGCUGGAUCUCACAGGUGAAGCGUAUGAUGCCAUUCUCAAUGAACUCUGCAGGAUCAGCGCCCUUUUGGCCACCCCACUGAAAAUCCAGGGCACUGAAGAAGGCAUUCGGAUCUUCAGCAAGGUGAAGUUCUUUGAUGUGGACUACAUGAAGACCUCCUGGUACCACAAAGAAAAGCGACUGGAAAGCGGAGAUCGGCUAAAGUCAGGCAGUACUUUGGAUGAAAUCUGGCUCCAUAUUCUAGACCCCAAAGACUCUGACAAGGGCAAAUACACCCUAGAAAUCUCAACUGGAAAAGACAUUCGUAAACUGACAGCUGACUUGUCAGGUCAAGCUUUUGAUGAUGCACUGGCUGAACAUCAGAGACUGAAGCAGGCUGCAAUCAUAGAGAAGAAUCGUGCCAAAGUUGUCAAAGGCCUGCCAGAUGUCGCCACUAUUAUGGAGGAUAAGACCCUGUGUUUGACGUGCAUCAUCUCAGGAGAUCCCUCCCCAGAAAUCACCUGGCUGAAAAAUGACCAGCCCGUGGCCUUCCAUGACCGCUAUCGGAUGGAAGUAAAGGGGACUGUGGUCACCAUCACCAUUGAGAGAGUCUGCAGUGAAGACAGUGGACGCUACGGCAUCUUCGUCAAGAACAAAUACGGCUCUGAAACGGGGCUGGUCACUGUCAGUGUAUUCAAGCAUGGCGAAGAGCCCAAAGAGCUGAGGAAGCACAAAUAGCCAGUUUUCAGAAUGUCCAGCUGCUGGCUCAGACACCAGUGGAGACUAUGUGGUGUAGUGGAAAGAAGACUGGACUUAGAGCCAUGGCUGGAGGCCUCCUUGUUCUGUAACUCCCCCUCUCUGAAUCUCAAUUUUCUCAUCUGCUAAAUGGGGAUAAUAAAAAUCGCAUUGCCCCCCUUACUGGGUAACAAUAAGAAAUAUGUUUGUAAAUGAGAGUACUAAAAUAGUUCAGAAAAAAAUCUAUCAUUAUAAGAUUCAUCACAUAGGGUUUUUCCAUAUGAAUCAUGGAAAUUGAGGGGGGAUCAUAGAAUUUAGAUGUCAAUCCUGGUUCUGCCACUUAUUGCCAAUGUGACCUGGAUUUCCUUUUCUUUAGUGUAAAAAGCUUUAUUAAGUUCCUACCACGUUCCAGGCACUAUUCUGGGGCUGAUUUGAAGACAAAAACCAAAAUGGUCCCUCAAGGAGCCCAUGUACUAGAUGGAUACAGCAUGCUCCAAGACAAGUAAGUGCCAUCUAUUCAAGGAGAGAGAGCUCACUAAUGACUGAGAGGAUGCGGGAAAGUGUCUUUUAUAGAGGGCAGAAGCUGAGAUGUGGCCUGAAGAAAGGUCAAGAUGCUAUAGGGCAGAAGUGAAGAGAGAAUGGAUUCAAGGCAUGGAAAUGGGAGAAGGCAUGUCAAGUUCUGGAAACAGCUGGUAGGCAUCCUCUGUAAAAGGAGGAAGGUCAGAAUGGAGGAUCUUUCAAGUCUCUUUAAGAUCCAAAUCCUCAGAUUCUAGGGAUAAUCCUGGAUCUUGAGACCCAGGGAUUGCCUUAUAGCCACAAAUCAAGAAAGGAGAAUUCUUAGCCUCCCUCCCUUAAAUAUGGAUAGCUCAUAUUUUAUGAACUUUUAACAUUUCAAAGCUUUCCUUACAAUAAUUCUGUCAAUGUGAAUGUUUCUGUCCCCAUUUUUUAUAUAAAACUCUAAUUUCAUUGAUGAGGCUCUCCAUCCAAGUGGUUUCCCUCCACCAAUGCCAAUAUGAAACUAUGUGACAAUUUAUAGUCUUAGAGAGUUGUCCAAGAUACUGAGAGGUGAGGUGAUUUGACCAGUCACCCAGUCAUUAGAAAUUGGGGGGGGGGGGUCUUGAACCCACGUCUUCCUUACUCCUGGAUUUCCCCCUCUAUCUCCUAUGCCAUGACUGCCUCUUGAGUAUCCCUAUUUCACAAAUGAGGAAAUUCAGAUUAAGAGAUAUUUGCCAAAGAUCCCAUAAUAAUGAAUGUUGGAGUCAGUACAUAAACCCAGAGCCUCCUCAUUAACUCUUUUGCACAAUACAUUAAGGCUGCCUUUAAAUGCCAUCUUCUCUUUCCUUUCCUGGCUGCCCCUGCUCUUCAUCCAAACCUGAUUCACCUGGAUAAAAAGAAUAGGAACUAUACUUGCUAUAGGAAACUCCCAAAUGAGGAAGCUCUCUCUAUCAAUGCUGAUCUGCACCAUACUCUGGGAGAGUUGCCUAGAACAUUGAAAAGUUAGGUGAUUUGCCUCAGGGCCACAAAACCAAAUGUAUAUCAGAGACCAGACUUGAAUCUAGGUUUUUCUGGCUCUGUGGGCAGUCCACUAUCCACUACACCACAAUGAGAAACAGAAGAAAAAAGAAGAAGAAGAAGAAGAAGAAGAAGAAGAAGAAGAAGAAGAAGAAGAAGAAGAAGAAGAAGAAGAAGAAGAAGAAGAAGAAGAAGAAGAAGAAGAAGAAGAAGAAGAAGAA